UCGCUUUCGCGCGCAUCGUAUCUUGAAAGUGCAUUAUAUGAAUUCUUCUAACGUGUGCGAGGUUGCAAUGUGUCUUUUUAUCAUUGUCCUGUUUACUGAUUUUCUAACAUUAAACGCCGUGAAAAUAGAAAAAGUGAUACUUCCAGAUGUAAUCCAAAGCCAAGCUCCAGAAGGCGCCAUACUGGAUUGCUUGUACACAGUGAACAGUAGUCAGUUUACUCUACAAUGGCUGUUUAACAACAGCGAUGUCCCUGUGUAUGAGUGGAAACCGAACACAGAGCCGGUUGUCGGUGAAUUACUUGAAGGAAGGCUUGACUUAUCGUACAGGGCUUCAACAUUCUCCACAGACGAACGCAGAGCUUUGCACAUAGUUUCCUUGGAACCCAAUCUGAGUGGGGAAUACACCUGCAAAGUUGUUAGCGACGGUUUGGAAGCCAGAUUAAGCAGGUCCAUGCUUGUAUUCAGCCCGGAACGUGACUUCACAUUAGUCUUGCAAAAACAAAAUCGCAGCACGAGAUUACAAUGCAUUGCAAGAGGAGUCUAUCCAAAGCCCGAAUUAACUCUGGAACAUGAUAGUGUACCAUUUGUGAGGCAGCAACAACGAGUAUGGCGUUCCGAUGGCCCUCUUUUUGAUGCCGAAAGUACGGCAACCCUUCAUGUCAAUGGCGAAUAUUGCCGUCCGCGACGAAUUACAUGUCGCUUGCAGCUUCCCCAAGCAGGAUACGCCGCUAUGAAGAAAGAACUAAUUUAUGUAGACGGGCAACAAAACUGCAGAAACGGUUCAUCAGCAAGUACAUCCAGCACAAUCUUAUUUUUAGCACUUUUAACUAUUACAUUUUACAGUUCGAAAACAGCAUUUUUAUAAUUACUCGAACAAUAAUAAACUAUAAUAAAAAAAACUAUACAAAAUAAUUUUUAAU